UCUUAUAUAAUGAAAAUUCUAAAUAUAGUAUGGCCUUUGUAAACCUUUGACAAACUAAGUAGAACAUGAAAAGUAUGUUCAUUUUUGUACAGUUUCUAAAUCAGUCUUUAAUGUUGAUAUGUAAAAAAUGUGGUACUUUCGGUUUCAUUUCCUAAAUUCCAGCCUCCCAGCCCUGGGAAGCCCUACCCGGAUAAUACCUGUAAAACACUCACUAGGACACAGCAUACGCACAGCAAGAAAGCAGCAAGAACAGAUCUACUUCAUAAAUAAGGUGUAACCAUGGCUAACAUUAAAACAUUAAAUGAAAUUGGACACCUCAACUCGUCUGGCUUUGGUAGGCCUUGGCCCAGGCAUGGGCUUUACCUGCUCCACUGGUUCUCCCAUAACUACGUCAUAUUCGACAACAAUGGUGACCUGCGGGCGCUGUACAACCCCAAAGCGGAGUUGUUCGGCUUCCAUCACUUCAAUAACCGACCCGAGUGUAACGGUAAUUGUUAUCAACUGCUCCCCAUCCAGAACUUUCCAUACUAUGAGGUGGGCAACCUGAAUACGCCAGGGGCAGAUGACCUGCCACCGUACGUUAGGCAGAACUACAAAGGACACCAUGACGACAGCAAUAUGGACCGUAUCAUCAUCAGUCUUCUCCCCGACUUUGUGUUGGAUAAAGUCUAUGUGACCCAACAUGAGGAUGUGAGUACCUUUGAUCGCCAGAACACCUAUCGGAUCAGUAGGGGUUUGGUCAAGCUCAUCCGUAAUCUGGAACUGGAGGAGCUGCUAAGGCAAGCUGGGUACCCCAGAACCAUUAUGUUUGUCAAAGCAGUCAAGCGGCAAGAGACUCCAGCUCGAAGCCACACCACCGUUUGUCAACCAGCUGUUAGCCAACCUGACUGGGUCAACAUCAAGAGGCCCUCUGCUGUGAGUCCCAGGCCAACACCAUCAAGGGAGUCUGUAAUUGACAUGCCACAUGACUCAAUGCCUCGUGAGAGCAAAAUAAAUCAUGUGUCUGUCAGUAUACCCGAGAGCAGAGACUCCCAUAUGCCUCGGCGGGAGAGGCAAUGCUGUGUCAUUCUGUAGACUGGGCCAAAGAGAGUGAAAAGGGUUCAUCUUACAGGACGAAUGGGGAAAUAACCGUGGACAAAAUGUAUUACAGUGCUCCUGUAAGUAGGUCUACAGUUCAACACUAUUGCAAUUACUCAUUAUUGUUACACUGUACCUACAGCAGUGACCCUAACCCUAAGUCACUUUUUAAACAAUUAUUUAGAAUAGUCAUUUUUUUAUUAAAAAUCAUUUAUUUCAACAUACAAUCACUUCUUAAUAUGUGUAGAUUUCUUAUAGUGUCACGUUCCUGACCUGUUUUCUCUUGUUUUUGUAUGUGUUUAGUUGGUCAGGGCGUGAGUUGGGGUGGGCAUUCUAUGUUAUGUGUUUCU